AUGAUCUUUUCUUCUCGUAUUGAUAAUGACAAAGAGGGGGAGAAAGAUAAAGAGGAAGAGAAACUUAUUGCUGAUGAUGAUGCUGCUUCGAUCCCUUAUGCAAAUGCUCUAAUCCCUGCCGCUGAGGAUGCCAUCGAUAAAGAUGAUGAUGUGAUCACUCAUGCUGAUCAUGAAGACCAUCCCUCCACCUCUGUAUUGUCAAAUGCUGGUUAUGAGGAUGAUGAUGAAGAUGAAAAGGUUGAACCUCAUCUCUCUGAUGUCGAGAAUGAUCGUGGAGAUGAUGAUGAAGAUGAAGACGAUGAUGAAGAAUUAUGCAUCCAAGUCAUCCCAAGACAACCAGUACUGAAGAGAAUCUCCAUAUGGGAACUAGCUUCCUAG